AAUAAAUUUUACAUUAUUGUAUAAGGGUUUGGGUCAACUUCGCAAGUCGCAGAGGUUUGCCUUUACCCGUCGCCCAUCACCACAGGCAUAAAGUAUGCGGAUGACAAAUCCGGCCUCUGUGCUGCGGCUGCUCGCUGCUGGGGUACUUAUAAUGACAGUGCUGGCUACCGGCGCUGCAUCAUCGAAAGCCCAUCCCGCGCCUAGCCAUUCCAAGCCAUCGCACCGGGGUCUUAUGACUACGGAUUCUAAUGCUGGCUUUGAUCUACUGGAAAUGGAGGCCGACCCUGCUGUCACUCGUCAGUUGCUUGCCGCGAAGAAGGCUCCCAAGAAGCGGUCCCCCCCCCCCAAGAAGCAGCCUCCGCCCAGUGUUACCCGCGGCCUGCUUGAGUCGAGCGAGUCGGUUAGUGGCAGCGUUUUCGAGAGCGAGGCCGAGGCCACCAUCGAACGUCAGCUACUCGCCGCGAAGAAGGCUCACAAGAAGCACUCCCCGCCCCCCAAGAAGCAGCCGCCGCCCAGUGUUACCCGCGGCCUGCUAGAGGACGACAGCGUCUUCCAGAUUGAGGCAGAGGCAAGCGUCAGGCGCCAGGCUCUUGCCGCGAAGAAGGCUCCCAAGAAGCGGUCCCCGCCCCCCAAGAAGCAGCCUCCGCCCAGUGUUACCCGCGGCCUGCUUGAGUCGAGCGAGUCGGUUAGUGACAGCGUUUUCGAUUUCGAGGUUGAGGCAGCCGCCAAACGCCAUUUACUUGCCGUCAAGCCACCCGUCGGCAAGGUGCAGCCCCCGCUGACCGGCAAGACGCACCCACCACCCGUCGGCAAGGUGCAGCCCCCGUUGACUGGCAAGACGCAUCCACCACCCGUCGGCAAGGUGCAGCCCCCGCCACUUAAGGCAUAAACUCAUGCGGCAACGGCCCUUUUGGUAAUUGAGAUGCAGCGAGCGCCUCAGCCAGGCGGUGGCGCUCCUUGAUAGCGUCCUGCUGGCUGCGGUGCAUAGGAAGCCGCCGCUUGCGGCGUAUACGUGUGCCUUUGGUGCCGCGGGAUAUCACGGUUGGGACCGAGGCAACUGGCGGAGGAUAAGGAAUGAAGCUGGGUGCAGGUGCAAGGCUGGCCUGUGC